AUGUCUGAGGGCACUUCACUGCUUGAAAGCCAUCAGCAUCAGCAUCCAGCCGACAGAAAAAUGACCUUGUUUCAAGCGCAAACAACACAUUUUCAAGUCAAUCCAGCACUCGCCAUGCGUUGUCAUGAGAGUUCACCUGAUGCGAUUCCUGUCAUAUUGCGUGGGUCCAAGACUUGCAAGACAACCAUUGGGAGAGGGCAUGACGCGACUAUCCAGAUUGGCAAAGCAAAUAAACGAGUGUCGAGAGAACAUGUAGUGAUUGAGCAUAAACCGCAGAUGGGUGGAUUUGAACUGACCAUACUCUCGCCCAAUGGAGCACUCAUUGAUCAUAUCAUCUUUGUGGAGGGAGAGCAUGUGCCAGUGAUAGAGGGAACUACCAUCGAGAUUGUUGGCACAAAAAUCAUAUUUCAGGUGCCUGAUGAUAACAACAACCAUGUGAAUAUGAAGAACAUUGUAGACACGCCCCUGAAGGCCACAUUAGCAACGGCAGCAGUGGAUGCCAAAAUGGAGGUGGAUAAAGAGACGAUCCAGCAAGACAAUAUACCCGCGAUGGCCAUGAAGCAAUCUACUAUCGCAUCAACGACUACCACCACUGCCAUUACCACGACGCAUCAUACCACAACGGCCACCACUGUCACUCAAAAGAGUAGCACUCAUCAUACCACAUCCACCCUCAACAGCAUCAUCAAAUCCACGGCAUCCAAGCUAAAAGAGACAGCUCGAAAUAUCAUGAAAAAGCCAAUGACAAUGGAGGAUGAGAUCAUUCAAGUACUUGUGCACACGCGAAAGUCUACCAUGACGUGUGCAGACAUCACAAAGCGAUUGCAAGGACAAACAAAUGAGAAUGUGCUGGAUGCAUUAAAGAGUUCAACCGCGAUUGGAUGUGUCAAACGAAUAGGGAAAACGGCAGAUGGAUCACCCAAAGAAGACUUGUACUAUUACAAGCCAGAGCUAGAUCCGGAUCAAGAACGACAAAAGAGGUACUCUGAUGUGGGGAAGAGUGCUCGGAAAUGCACCAUGAAGGACACACAGUAUUUUUUCAGGAUCCCUCCAAAACUGCCACAUCACAAGACGGCAAAGACCAGGAAAAGAGAGUCAGCUAGCAAUCUUGGCAGGAAAUCAAGACAAGCAGCGACAGAAGAGGAUGACACCAAAUCCACCAGUAGCGGAGAUGUGAGCGACAUGGAGGUUUAUGAGCUGUUUAAAGACGUUUAA